AUGGCAUCUCUCCAGCCACGUCAGAGCUCAAAUGCUCGCAUGCCUUCAGUGUCGCCAUCAUUCAGACAGAACGAUAGUGGCCCAAGAGCUUCUACAUCUAGACGGCACACUGCAACAAGAGACUCGGAAGUUGCUCCUACCCAAACUGUGGGCGAAUCCUUCGCGGAUUCGUAUGAAGGUGGUGAUGAGUUUCUCGUGGAUGCGUCCGUGUUGAAGCAGGCAAAGAAUGUCUUGUUUAAUGUGCUGUUUUUCACGGUUUAUGGCAAUGAGUCGGCGCUGAUUCCUGGAGUUAUUGCUAUCCUGAUUGAAGAUUUACAAAUUCCUGUCUUUUACCUGUGCUCGAGACUGUCUGCUGCUUACUACAUUCCCUCGAUAAUCGGAAGCUCACUCGAAACUCGAUAUGAAGACUAUUCGAUUAACACUUUUACGACAUUCUUCGGAAUCGCUGCUGGUCUGGUAUUCCUGAUGGCACUCAACAUUGUCUUUGUGGCCUGGGGCUUUGUUCGAGGCCAACACAAAUACGUAUGGCCCAUAAAUACCCUCCGAGUCCUCGGCACAUUCGUACCAACAGUACUAUUCAUCCCCAUCCUCGACAUCUUGACAACAACCUUUCAAUGCACAACCAUAUCAACCGACACAACCACAUUCGGCGGCUUGGCAUGCUCAAGCGGGACGAGAAUCCCGUAUAUGGUCGUGUCAGCUGUCACGAUCGCGACCUUCGUGCCCUGUACGUUUUUGAUUAAUUUGCUGUUUCUGGAUUCGGAUCCGGCCAAGAAGGGACCGAAUUCGAAGGCGCAUGGACGUGGCGAGAUGAUUUAUGCAAUCCUGAAAACCGUACUCAGUUUCGUAUGGAAGAUUCCGCAAGACUAUACCAUGCUACUCAAAGUCGGCAUAGUCCUUGCUGUUUCCGUCAUCAUGAUGAUUACCCAAGUCUAUUUCUACCCAUACUACAAUCCGAAAAUCAACCACCUGCGAACAGCAACCUAUUUCGCAUCAAGUGUUAUUGGAGUCGUGUCAAUGUUAACUACUGUGGUUGCUUAUUAUCUCGGAUAUGCACAGGGGCCCGAAGCUUAUAUUAUUAUCAUUGCUGGGUUUGUGCCUGCUUGGAUUGCUGGAUUUGUUGGAUCUGGCUGGAUUCUCGCAUAUAUCCAAAAAUCAACCCUCCACCGCCUCGACGAUGAAAUGCGCGGCGGCUCUGACGGUAAACCAGUCUUCCUCAUCUACCCACACGUGGAACUAGUCGCACGUACCGCCACAACUAAAUUGAAUGAGCGAAAUCGAAUUCCAACCUUUGAGCAACUCGAGUUUGCUGUUAGAAUUUUCAAACAUGGACAGCGCGAGUUCCCGCAUGAACCGUUUGUGCGGUUGCAGUGGGCUACGUAUCUUCUUUAUUUAGGGGCGUCCAAGAUGGAGGCGAAUAAGCAUUUGAGGAAGUGUGAAGAGAUGCAUCCAGCAUUCGACGGCCAAUUCCAAUGCCACUUUAUGACCCAAAUGAACAAUCAAAACCGUGAAGCUACCUUCCUUGGUGACGGCAUCCAUCUCGAUGUAGCCAGUUUCGCCGAAUUCCGGAAACUCGACAAGACUGCUAAAGUCAACCACCAGCUCGCGCUGCAAUGGCAACGUGUGCUUUGGCAAUCCGUUAAUUCAGCUACCGUCAAACUUGAUGAGUUGGAAGCUGUUGCAUCGGAAUUGUAUGCAAGGUCUGAGGAUGCUGAUGCUGCAUAUGCACAAUUGGUGUCGAGGUUUCCAAAGAGCAAAGUUUUGUUAAGGUUCUAUGCCAAGUUUUGCUUGGACGUAACCAACGAAAACGCCAAAGCAUCCGCCCUCCUAACACGCGCCGACACCCUCGAAGAAGAAGAAUCCCCCAACGAAGACCAAGGACCCAACGACUUCAACGAAUCAGACUCUGACUGGAACAACUCGUCAAACGAUGGCAGCAACAAAUCACACCGAAUGUCCAAAGACUCGCUACAACUAGUACAAUCAUCAUCACAAGACACUUCUCCAAAACCGGUCCGAGCAUUACCCAAACUACAAGAAGGAUCCACAAAUGGGUCACCUGCUAAUUCAGGACCUACAUCACCGGUCGUUGCACGUGCGCCAAAGGCAAUCAAGAUUGAUACAGAGCAUAGAGGGUCGAUUAGUAGUGGUGGGUCGAGGAGUUCGAAUCACGAACAGAAGCAGUUGCAGUAUAAUCAGCAGUUGAGGGCGGCGUUGUUGCAACGGAAUGUUUCUGAUAUCCGAAUAAUCACAUUCGCUGCUUGGUUAAUUGGAAUCGUCUCAAUCUGCAUCCUCAUUGCAUCAUUCGUAAUCAUCACCCAAAACCAGCUUUCCGGAAACGGAUUGAACUACUUGGAUUGGCUGCACAAUCGGGAAAAGAAUACCGCUUUGUCAUAUCGCCGCGCUAGACAAUUGCAAAAUGCGUAUACGAGUAAUGAUCCAGUCAAGUUUGCCGCUAUACAGACGCAGUAUUAUAGCGAGAUGUUAUCGUUUCAGAGUGCUAGUGAGAGUCUUUUCGCUGGUGCUGAUAUGACUAACGAUCAAACGUACUUGUAUUAUGAUACUCCAUAUGUCCCAGUCUUGGUGUCAUUCUACCCAUCAAUUACCCAACGCCAAGUAGUAAACCGCACCCUCUUCCAAGUCACGCAAGGAUUUGCAUCUGCUGGAUUGCAUCUUGCGUCCUUGGCAUUCAGUGAUUUUGCAAAUAUCACGUAUAACAAUCAGUUUAGGUUUAUUGCGGAUAACUUUUGGAUUAUUCAGCCUACUGCGUAUGAUUUCUCGAUGAACACGAUUUACUUUGAUAUCCAAGACAGUAUCGUCUCAAACGCAACAACCCUCACCAUAACGCUAACCGUAAUCCUCAUCGUAACUGUCUGUCUCGCACUCCUAAUCCUCGAUCGUCGUGUACAGGCCUUCCGCAACAAGCAACGCCAAACCCUCGACGUGUUUAAAAAAGUGCCCAAACAUUCUGCUUCUGAUGUCAUUGCACGAUUAGAAGAAGCACAAUCUGAAGAUGUGUUUGGAAGGGAUACGUUAAGUUUCAAGGCGAGGACUGCGCUGGAGAUGCAGAUGAGGAAUGGAAGUCGGGCUAAAGCGAUGAUGAGGAUGCAGUAUAUUGCGUAUGGGAUUACGCUUACGGCGCUGGUUGCUGUCAGUGCGAGUACGAAUUUGAGUGGUAUUUAUCAAGUAGGUCAGCUUUUCGCUAUUCGUGAUCAAUUUGGUGAUAUGGCUACAUUCCCUACUCGAUCUGUUUCGCUCAUUAACGAUCUGGUUAAUGUUGAUACUUUGACUUGGGGAAACAGAAGCAACCUUCUGGACGCUUUGGCUUCGUCGUGGUAUGAGGAGCUGGCGCUAGGACUUGUUUCUACCACCCUGGUAUACGGAGAUGAAACACGCUACCCACCUUCCCCAAGCUACGACAAAUACCCGCCUGCACUAUUACAAUAUUUCGAUGGACACAUAUGUCUGCCAACGGACCAGUCUGUGUGUGUGAAUCAAGUGUAUAACUCGUCUAUUGGGUUCACGCCUGAUACCGUUGGGUUGGGGCUGCUGCAUCUUACGGAACAGCUUGUCGGGCUUAUCUUUAAUUGUGCAUCAGCAGCUCUUGAUGGUGACUUCCAUCCACAGCCCGACCUAAUUGCAUUUAUGGAAGCUAUCUUUGAGCCUUAUUAUUUGCAAGGGUUGUCUAGAUGUGAACAGGAAGCUAUGCUGGAGGGGAAUACGAUAUUGGCUGCUUCAACUGUCAGGAAUCUUGCCAUUUUCAUUGCAGAAUUGGCCGUCGUCUGUAUUGGAGAAUUCUUUGUGUUUUGGCGUAUGGUGGUCCAUCUCAGAUUCAUGGAGCACUGUAUAGUAGACAUGAUUGUCCGCCUCCCGCUCUCAGUUCGCAACCUCCCUGACAUUGCCGACUGGAUUUCCAACAUGCAAGGCCGUCAAGAUCGUAUUAUAAAAGCCAACAAGGACAACGAUGAUUCCAAAGACCAAAACAAGACUUUUUGGACCCGCCUGAUCCUUCCCUUCGGACUCAGAAAGUCAGUAUCCGAAAUAUUCCCCAAAUCCACCAAAUCGAGCAACAGCAAGAAGGUCGAAAUAGCGAAUUCCAAGCAAGCCAAUAUCGACAAGGCUAAUGGAGUCAAGAUACCGACUAUACAAGCUACGGCAGAGAUUGAGGGUGAUGAUGGCAAUAUUGUUAUACAGACGGCGUCCGAGUCGUCGUUAAGGAAGAGACAGUUGUCGUUCAAUGGAGUUUGA